UUCACUGAAGCCGGACCGGUGGGUGGUGAACCUUCGCCGGCAUGGCAUCAUUCUCCAGGAGGAUGAGACCGUGGUACGCUACGUCCAUCGCAUCAUCAUCCAUCCUGGAUACAAUGGAUUCAAACCGUGGAACCACACAACACCGUGGCUCUGGCGGAAGGAGCACGACCUGGCCUUAAUCGAACUGAAUGCUCCCGUCCUGGAAUCCGAGUCCGUGCAGCCAGUGUGUUUACCGGUUGAUACCGACUACUGGCCGGCCAAGGGAACGCUAUGCCGGGUCGCUGGCUGGGGAGUCACCCUGGACCCGACCCAGAGCCGCCAUUUCCUGCGGGAGGUGGCGCUUCCCGUAGUGGACCGCAAGCAGUGUCAGGCCUGGUUCGCGGACCGCGAGAUCGGACAGACGCAAUUGUGCGCGGGCUACGAGCGCGGCGCUCGGGAUGCCUGCACGGGUGACAGUGGAGGACCCCUGGUGACGAGAAACGGAAGCCAGUGGAUACUGGUGGGGGUCGUCUCCACCGGAGUCGGAUGCGCCAAGCCGCGUCAGCCGGGUAUCUACACGGCCGUGGCUCCGUACCUGUCUUGGAUUAGUGAGGAGACCGGACUGUGACUAACACCUGCCCGCAUCUAUUCUAUGCAAUGACUUGGGAAUUUCGUUGAAACCGUGUGCUCAAUAAUGUGCCCUAGUGGAUAUUGCGACAUGAGUCACGCGAUUGUGAAUGCCGAUAAAAAAAAAACUGAUAAUCACAUGUCUU